AUGGUACGACACGCGUCUUCCCGCAGUGAGAUUCAAAGUCCCGACGUCCGAUCGCCGUCCAAUCCUAAAUUUAUGACCGCGCUCGUUACGACAAAUCGACCCGGGCGAGUGCACCUGCCACAACGCCGGUUCGCUUCGGGGCGCUUACGAGAAAGGUCCUCAUUAGGCGACGAAAAAGGGGAGGGCGGCGGGAGCGCCGGAGGUCGCGCGCAGCACCUGUCGGCGGGAAAUGGUUUUGUUUCG